CGAUUCCAAUAGAAGAGCGUCCCAAGAGGCGAAUUGUGCAAGCCCUUCCAAUCGAGACUUUGAAUCGCCUAAAAUCACUAUCCGUGGUAAUUGAGACCGACCAGCGGCUACAAGGACCUUUUUUCUUUUUUUAGUAUCCCCCCGGCGCUUAUGCACUGGCCUCCGACCGUAUUCCAGUAAGUCGUUGAGCUACUACUAGCCAGCCCAUCCUACAAGCGAUCUGGACAUCGAAUCGCCCCCGAGCCAGCGCUUCCUUCUCCUCCGCAAGCAUGGCACAGUUCCAGAUUCUUUCCGACCUACACCUCGAGAACCCGCGAGCAUACGACCUCUUCGGAAUCACCCCGACCGCGCCCUACCUAGCCCUGCUGGGUGACAUCGGCAACGUCAAAGAUGAUGGCUACCUGCAAUUCCUCGAAGCCCAGCUUCACCGCUUCAAGAUCGUCUUCCUCGUCCUGGGCAACCACGAGCCCUUCGAUGCCAGCUGGCCGGCCACACGCGAACGCCUGCAGCGAUUCUCCGAGGAGAUCCAGGACCGGCGCCAAAGGGCGGCGACGACGCCGUCGCAGUUGGGGGAGUUCGUCCUCCUCGAUCGCACGCGGUACCGCCUCACGCCCCAGGUGACAGUCCUGGGAUGUACAUUCCACUCGCGCGUGAGUGAGGCUCAGGAGGAGACCGUCAGCCACGCCCUGAACGACUUUCACUACAUCCAGGACUGGACGGUCGAGCAGCACCGUGCGGCCCACGAGGCCGAGCGUGCCUGGCUUAACGACCAGGUCACCGACAUCGCCCGAGACGAUCCGCAUCAUCGCAUCGUCAUCUUCAGCCAUCACAGCCCGACCGUCGCGGUGGCGGCCGUGGACCCGCGCUACGCCGACAGUCCGAUCACGUCGGCGUUCGCGACGGACCUCAUCGGAGAGCCGUGCUGGGAGCGACCGCAGGUGCGCCUGUGGGCGUUCGGGCAUACACAUUACAACUGCGACUUCACGGACGAUCGGUCCGGGAAGCGGAUCGUGGCGAACCAGAGGGGGUACUACUUUGCGCAGUCCAUCAAAUUCGAUCCCGCCAAGGUUCUCUCCCGCGUAUUGCGGCCUUUGUCCCGCACCGCUGCUUCCGCCCGCCUUAUCACGACAAGACAGCCGUUGCGGACCCGAGUUCUUCCUAGUAGUACCCAAGCAUUCUCCACCACGUCCCGCCGGCGGGACGUCGACCUUUCCGGGCUGACGCCGACCCCGAUCACCUUCCUGUCCGAGACGGAGUCCCUGAUGGCGGAGAGCGUGUCCAAGUUCGCGCAGGAGCAGAUCAGCCCGAAGGUGCGGGAGAUGGACGAGGCGGAGACGAUGGACGCGGCAGUGGUGGAGCAGCUGUUCGAGCAAGGGCUGAUGAGCAUCGAGACCCCCGAGGAGUACGGCGGGGCGGGGAUGAACUUCACGGCGGCGAUCGUGGCCAUCGAGGAGCUGGCGCGUGUCGACCCCAGCGUCAGCGUGCUGGUCGACGUCCACAACACCCUGGUCAACACCGCUAUCAUGAAGUACGGCGACGCCCAGGCCCGCCGCACCUGGCUGCCCCGGCUGGCCACCGGCACCGUGGGCUCCUUUUGCCUCUCGGAGCCGGCUUCCGGAUCCGAUGCCUUCGCCCUGCAGACCAAGGCCGAGAAGACCGCCGAGGGUUACAAGCUCAAUGGCUCCAAGAUGUGGAUCACCAACGCCAUGGAGUCCGGCAUUUUCAUCGUCUUCGCCAAUCUCGACCCCAGCCAAGGGUACAAGGGCAUCACCGCGUUCAUCGUCGAGAAAGAUACUCCCGGCUUUUCGAUCGCCAAGAAGGAGAAGAAACUCGGCAUCCGCGCCAGUAGUACCUGUGUGCUCAACUUUGAUGAUGUCGUCAUUCCGAAGAGUAACCUCUUGGGCGAGGAGGGUCAGGGAUACAAGUACGCAAUUAGCGUGCUGAAUGAGGGUCGCAUUGGUAUUGCGGCUCAAAUGACCGGCCUAGCGCUGGGAGCUUGGGAAAAUGCUGCUCAGUACGUCUGGAACGACCGCCGACAAUUCGGCCAAUUGAUCGGCAAUUUCCAAGGCAUGCAGCACCAGCUGGCCCAGGCGUAUACCGAGAUUGCCGCCGCCCGCGCGCUGGUCUACAACGCGGCUCGGAAGAAGGAGGCCGGCCAGGAUUUCGUCCACGACGCCGCCAUGGCCAAGCUGUACGCCUCGCAGGUCGCCGGGCGCGUGUCCAGCUCCGCGGUCGAGUGGAUGGGCGGAAUGGGCUUUGUACGCGAAGGCAUCGCCGAGAAAAUGUUCCGGGACAGCAAGAUCGGGGCGAUCUACGAGGGCACGAGCAACAUCCAGCUGCAGACCAUCGCCAAGCUGUUGCAGAAGCAGUACACUCGCUAAAAGUCCUCAGGUUGUAUGUGGUGCUUGACAAUCAGCAUUGGCCGUAGUCAAUAGUGCUAACCGGUAAUGAAUAUAUUCGAACUACUACGUAC